AACUCGCGGAAAAUCUUUGCGCGCGCGGAAAUUGGCGUCCAGAGAGGAAAAGUCAGAAACGAUCUCGCACUGUCCCGAGAUACUUUUCGACUCACGAGCCGCAUUCUCCUCGUAACUUUCGUAGAAAACUUUUUUCCACACCGUUAGUGUUUUGUGUUUUUAUUAUCAUCCAAUUUGUUCUCUUCUGGCCCAAAACCCACGGCGCAAGUUUAUUUCGGGCUCAAUUCGAUGGCACGAUCCAUCAAUAUCGCAAUCCCUCGCGAUCCAGGGAACAAGUGUCCAAGAAAGUGCCCUAAGAGAGUGAUUAAGUGAAGUCUAGGCAAAAUUGCAUAAAUUCUCCCUAGGACAGGUUGCAAGAUUGAGUGACAGGGAGGUGUGACCAUAAAGUGAUUAAGUGCUGUGAAUGCCAAAUGAUCGGAAGCAGAACCUUGAGCUUCACACUGAAGUUUACAGCUUCCUCAUUGAGUUGGACAGCAAUAAGGCGAAAACCAAUCAGACAUCUACCAUGGAAGAUGACACCCUCAAGUCGUUGAGAUAUUGCUUUCAGCGAAUUCUUGUGCCAUGUGUCGUUAUCAUUGGAGUUCUUGGCAAUUUUGUCACCGUUAUUGUUCUCACGAGGAGACGAAUGAGAUGCUCUACAAAUGUUUACCUAACUGCACUGGCUGUAGCCGAUAUGGUUUUCCUCCUCUUCAACUUCAUCCUGUCGCUGCAGCACUAUCCCAAUAUUAAUCGCGCCAAGUAUGAGUUGUACUGGCGAACAUAUGGAUUGUCGCAUUGGUUCUGCGAUGCUUCAUCGUACUCAUCCAUUUACUUGACGGUCAGCUUUACCAUUGAGCGCUAUAUAGCUGUUUGUCAUCCGAUUCGGGGUCAGAUUCUCUGCACGGAGUCCCGAGCCAAACGGGUCAUCGCCGUGGUGGUUGUACUAUGCUUCCUGCUCACCGGAACGACAUCCUUUGAGUACCAGCUGGCCACAACUGAGCGUCACGUCACUAGAAUUUCAAGGGAGUUGUGCGUCCCCCUUGAGGCCAAUGCCACGUCAGAUUCCACGCCACAGAAUGAAGAGGUGGAUGCCACCACAAUAGGAAUGCUAUCGAUACUAGACGUAUAUGAGGAUACUGUGCAGGCCUCAGAGAUCGAUAAUCAAGAUUAUGAGUUAAAUGCCAUGAAUAAGACCGAGGAAAUUGCUGUGACUAACAGUACUGCAUCAAAAGACGAUAUGUGUGUUGUGGAAAUCUAUUUCAAAGCCAUUCCAUCGGAACUAGGAAAGAAUAGCACGUACAGGACCAUUUUCUACAUCAUGACAUCGGUGCUCUUUACUUUCUUGCCCCUCAUUCUUCUGGCCACAUUCAAUUGUUUCCUCAUUGCUGCUGUUCAUCGUUCGCACAAGAACCGCCAUCAAAUGACAAACACCCGCCAGGGAGACACUUCCACGAGUCAAGAAAACAAGGUGACGGUGACACUUAUUGCUGUGGUACUACUUUUCCUCGUCUGCCAGACACCAACAGCGGUUUUCCUCAUCUACACGUCUUGGGCACCUGAGAGUAACGAUCAACGCUCUUUAAAUUUAAACCUGGCUAUCGGAAACAUUUUAAACUUCCUUGUGACGAUGAAUGCUGCCUGUAACUUCUUAUUGUAUUGUGCCUUUUCUGCCAAAUAUCGAGCAACCGUAGCUCAUCUUUUAAGUCGACGACCCAAAAGACAAGGAACGGUAUCAUCUCGAUUUUCUCGGUAUGCAACUCGAGGAACAGUGGACCAAAGUUUUCGACGAAAGAACAGCACUUUUGGGGCUUCUGGACCUCCGAUAGCGCGAAGCAGAGGUCCUUCGUUUUCCUUAGCUCAUAGACCAUCUAUAACACCUUCGGAUAUGGAUAAAUUAGACACAUCUCGGCAUGGUCCACAGGUCAUGAGGAAUUGCAGUAGCAGAAGUACCACGUCUAGACGGAGACAAAUACUCUUUCAGGAUUCAAAUAGCAACAGUCGUCGUCCGAGUCUAACAAGGAGUCAAUCUUUAAUCCUGCCAGUAGUACCAAGACACUCCCCUGACUGCAAAUCAAACCCCAAUAACUUCUAGCGCUCAAGUACUCAUUUAAUUUAGGCUUAUCCCCUCGAGAACAUGUACAUAAUAGAGAGUGUAUUUGUAUAUGUUAACAAGAAAAUUUAAUUAA